GUCGGUUCGACAUUAAUUCAAAUCAUGGCUAAAACGUUCAGGAAAACCCGGGUAUUGAUCUCAAGAAGAGCGUUCGUAUAAUAGGGAACCAGAAUGUUCAUCAUAGUUGAAGAGGAUGGUAUCAGGCUCACCUUGAAUCAUUGUUCUCGAGGACGUGAGAGGAAGAAACUAGAAACUCCGGCGGACUUUGUAACUGGUGUACCACAUUGGGCGGAUUUCCCGGCUCGCUGGCGGGCUGUGGCAUGCUGUGGCGUCAUUACAACGCUGCUCCGAGACCUGCUUGCAUUUCCACCACCCAUCCACUUGCUCAGCACUCAAAGCUCAGGCUUUUGCUACCAUGUCUUCCAGAGAGCCGAUGUGGUAUUGUCACGAAUGUCAUGCUGAGAUGAGACCACUCAUGCAACCGGAUCCAAUCUGUGCAUCAUGUCAGGGAACGUUCGUCGAGAAGAUAGAGGAUCCAAGCGAUGAUCCUCGGGCAUACCAGCAACACGCCCCGAGAGGAGGCUUCGAUGACGAAAUUCCCCCGAAUUUAGGUGGUUUUCUAGGUGCGCAUUCAUGCGUGCAUGGAAAAACGCCCACAGCUGCAAUAACGGGAAAUCCCCGAUCUCGUUCACCCACCUUCCCUCGUAGCCCUGAGGGAGUACCGGGUGGUAUCCGUCUUGAGUUUCAUAGUACUGGACCUAGUCACGGUGCCACAAGAACCUUGUUUCUUGGAGGUCCCAAUACGCUUAAUCGUCCACGCUCUCCGGAGCAGCAGCGCGAUGGUGAACUCCCUACAAUGUCCGAGUUCCUGCGUCGUGAGAAUCAAAGUGGUCCACGACAACCUGGAGAUAUCACUGGUCCAAUGAUGGCGCAAUAUUUAUUGGCUUUACUGGGACAAGGUCAGACAGGUAGAGGUUUAGACCCUUUUGCUGAAAUGUUCUCCCUUGGUCCUGAAGGAGGGCCGGGCGGACGAUGGGGCGACUAUGUUUUCAAUCAAGAGGCAUUGGACCAAGUAAUAACGCAGAUAAUGGAAAAUUCUGCUUCGCGGCCUGUUCCAGCAACAGACGAAAUCAUUAACAAUCUCCCACGAGAAGUUCUUAUGGAACGAUCUCCAUUAUUAGAUAAAGAUUGUGCCGUAUGCAAAGACCAGUUCCAACUUGGGACCGACGACCCGGAAGAGCAGGUUAUUGUAACUCUACCAUGCAAGCACCCAUUUCACCAGCCUUGUAUUUUGCCAUGGUUAAAAUCUAGCGGAACGUGUCCUGUUUGCCGGUAUGCUCUUAUAGAACAAGCACAACAAUCACGCCCACCAGGCAGCCCCCCGGGACCAGGAAGUGGACCCAGUAGCCGCUCGACAAGCCCAUCAUCAGCCCCACCACGUCCACGAUCGCCUGGGAACUCGGGUCGUAGCGGUGGAGGAUUGUUCCAGUCAUUAUUUGGGGGAAGUAUGGGUAGCUCGAGAGCGGCUGGCAGUUCAUCAUCUCAGGGUAGGAAUUCAAGUUCAAGAGGGGCACGUCGCGCGGGAACGUCCAAUGUAUCUCCUAGCAGUACACCACCUUUUCCUGGGCGCUGGGACGAA